AUGAAGGAUGUUGGUCUUUGGACAAUUUCCAAAGUUGUUUUGAAUCACUCAUAUCCUUGUUGUCCAGACCAGGCUGAGAUGCUCAAACAAUACAGGAAGCUUAGCAUGUUCGUGCGUCGCACCAUUGAAACUCACGAGGAAGCCAGAAUCAGACCGAGCAAAACUUACCAAUUAUUUGUGGCAGUAAUUGGCAGCCACUGUGAACUAAGUUUUAUAGAAAAAGACGUAAGGAAUUACAUCACAAGAAAAGUACGGAAUAUUUCUAAAGAAGACGAUGCCAAAGAAUUUGGGAAGUACCUAGUUAGAAUGAAAGAGAAGAACCAAAAUUUCUUUCUUGAGCUCAACCUUGAAGGUGAUCACUGCAUUAAACAUGCAUUCUGGGUUAAUGCAACAAGCAGGGCUGCAUUUGAUUAUUUCGGAGAUGUGGUUUUAUUUGACACCACCUAUAACACAAACAGGGCAAUUGAGCUAUGCAUGCCAACAACAAUUCACCGCUGGUGUAUCUGGCACAUCAUGAAGAAGAUCCCAAGCAAACUAAAUAGCUACAAGGGACACAUUGAUAUUGAACAAGAGAUGAGCCAUGUUGUUUGGAACUCGUACACAAAAGACGCAUUUGACAGAAAUUGGAACGAUUUCCUCACAAAGUAUGGUUUCGGAGACAACAAGUGGCUUUCAGAGCUCUACGAGGAUCGGCAUAUAUGGAUUCCGAUUUACUUGGAUCACCACUUUUGGGCUGGGAUGAGAAGCACACAAAGGAGCAAGAGCAUACAUUCAUUUUUCAACAAGUUCAUCACACGGAAUAGCUCCUUGAGACAAUUCGUGAAGCAAUACGACAAUUGCCUCGCAAGUAGAGAACAAGCAGAGAGAGAAUUCGAUGCUGUAGAUUUUCACACCGUGAUACCGUGCGCAACAAAAUCAGCACUAGAGUGGCACAAUAUAUGUGAAUUUGCUUCUGAGUCUGAAGAGUUGACCAAAACUUUGCACCGAGCAUUUGACAAGGUCAUGGUAGAGAUGGAAGAAUAUCAAGAGAGAAGGAAAGGAAAAAGUUUGUUAACCCAUGAAGAAGCGACAUUAAGCACUGUGAAUGAUCUUCAAAGCCCACCACGUGUCAAAACAAGAGGUCGGCCCAAGAACAGACUUGGAUCAAACUUGGAAAAAAGAUCUCAGAUGCCAUGA